AUGCCGCAUGACAUAAGACCAGACUACCUCAACCGUCAACAAGGCGACCGACCGACACCGACAUUUUCGUUAAAAGAGGAGGAUUGCCUAUCUGGGGACGUUAAGGCCGGUGCCCUGUGGCCCAAGAGCAAGGAUGAGCUCGUCAAGCAGCUCGCUGAGCUGAAGACGGAGCUGAGCCAGCUCCGUAUCCAGAAGAUCACCUCGUCGGGUUCCAAGCUGAACCGGAUUGGUGACGUCCGCAAGUCGAUUGCCUGCGUCCUGACCAUCAUCAACGCCAAGCAGCGCGCCCAGCUCCGCCUCUUCUACAAGAACAAGAAGUACCUGCCUCUGGACCUGAGACCGAAGCAGACCCGCGCCAUCCGCCGGCGGUUGUCCGCCGAGGAUGCCGCCCGCACCCUGACCAAGACCAAGAAGCGCCAGUCUCACUUCCCCCAGCGGACCUUUGCCGUCAAGGCAUAA